CCCCGGAAACGCGUCGGUCCCGUCGCCUUCGUGGAGCAGCUGCUGUAAUGGCGGUGCCUCGUCGCUCCUCGCAGCAGCAGCAGAUCAACACUCUUCAGUCUCCGCCGAGGAACGGCGUUAUCUCCGGCGCUCCUCCGGCCUCCCCGCCGAUGGCUCUGCCCGCCUCUCCCGCCGGCCCCCCGGAGACGGAGCGGGAGUGCAGCGGGGGGAUGGAGCUGCUGGCUCCGGCCUCCGCGGACCUUCCCGGCCCGGUUCUACCGAGUUCUACCAGCUUCAGCACGACGACCUCCGGCGGCGGCAGCAGCGUCUCCAGCCCGGGGUCCGGAGCCGGCAGCCCCGCAGACGGCAGCAGCGGCCUCGGGGGCGCGUUCCGGGAGCUGUUCGAGGCCUGCCGUAACGGAGACGUGUCCCGCGUGAAGAGGCUCGUGGACUCGGUGAACGUUAACGCGAAGGACAUGGCGGGAAGGAAAUCCACUCCGCUGCACUUCGCUGCGGGUUUUGGCAGGAAGGAUGUGGUGGAGCACCUUCUGCAGACAGGAGCCAACGUUCACGCCAGGGACGACGGAGGACUCAUCCCCCUGCACAACGCCUGCUCCUUCGGCCACGCAGAGGUCGUCAGCCUCCUCUUGUGUCAGGGCGCGGACCCCAACGCCAGAGACAACUGGAACUACACCCCGCUGCACGAGGCCGCCAUCAAGGGAAAGAUAGACGUCUGCAUCGUGUUACUCCAACACGGAGCCGAUCCAAACAUCCGCAACACUGAUGGAAAAUCUGCUUUGGAUCUAGCCGACCCUUCAGCCAAGGCGGUUCUCACUGGUGAAUACAAGAAGGACGAACUUCUGGAAGCAGCAAGGAGUGGAAAUGAAGAAAAGCUGAUGGCGCUGCUGACUCCGUUAAACGUCAACUGUCACGCCAGCGACGGCCGCAAGUCAACAUCCCAAAAAAUGCUGUCGACGCCCCUCCACCUGGCUGCCGGCUACAACCGCGUCCGCAUCGUUCAGCUCCUGCUGCAGCACGGAGCCGACGUUCACGCCAAGGACAAAGGUGGCCUGGUUCCUCUUCACAAUGCCUGCUCCUACGGCCACUUCGAGGUCACUGAGCUUCUGCUAAAAACUUUAUCUGAUGUGCGGUUCUCUCUGCAGCAUGGAGCCUGUGUGAAUGCCAUGGACCUGUGGCAGUUCACUCCUCUUCACGAGGCAGCGUCCAAGAACCGAGUGGAGGUGUGCUCCCUGCUGCUGAGCCACGGCGCCGACCCCACCCUGCUGAACUGUCACAGCAAGAGCGCCGUGGACAUGGCCCCCACUCCAGAGCUUAAAGAGAGGCUCACCUAUGAGUUCAAGGGUCACUCGCUGCUGCAGGCAGCCCGGGAGGCAGACAUGGCCAAAGUGAAGAAGACGCUGGCUCUGGAGAUCAUCAGCUUCAAACAUCCCCAGACCAACGAGACAGCUCUGCACUGUGCUGUGGCUUCCCCGCACCCCAAGAGGAAGCAGGUGACUGAGUUGUUGCUGCGUAAAGGUGCCAACAUCAAUGAGAAGAACAAAGACUUCAUGACUCCGUUGCAUGUUGCUGCUGAGAGAGCUCACAACGACAUCCUGGAGGUGCUGCAGAAACAUGGAGCAAAGGUAAACGCCGUGGACACGCUCGGUCAGACGGCUCUUCAUCGAGCGGCGCUGGCCGGUCACAUCCAGACAUGCAAGCUGCUGCUGAGCUACGGGGCCGACCCGUCCAUCGUGUCCCUGCAGGGUUUCACCGCGGCUCAGAUGGGUAACGAGGCCGUACAGCAGAUCCUCAACGAAAAUGUUCCCACACGUAACUCUGACGUGGACUACAGAUUUCUGGAGGCGGCCAAAGCAGGAGAUCUUGACACAGUGCAACAACUUUGCACCCCACAGAACGUGAACUGCCGGGACUUGGAGGGCCGCCACUCCACUCCUCUCCACUUUGCAGCCGGUUACAACCGAGUGGCUGUCGUUGAGUAUCUGCUACACCACGGAGCUGAUGUCCACGCCAAAGACAAGGGCGGUCUGGUUCCCCUCCACAACGCAUGCUCCUACGGUCAUUAUGAAGUGGCUGAGCUGCUGGUCAGACACGGAGCUUCGGUCAACGUGGCCGACCUGUGGAAAUUCACCCCGCUUCACGAGGCUGCAGCCAAAGGCAAAUACGAGAUCUGCAAACUGCUGCUCAAACACGGAGCCGACCCAUCCAAGAAGAACCGUGACGGCAACAUGCCGCUGGACAUGGUCAAAGACGGAGACACGGACAUCCAGGACCUGCUGAGGGGGGACGCCGCCCUGCUGGAUGCCGCCAAGAAGGGCUGCCUGGCCCGGGUCCAGAAACUGUGCUCCCCGGAGAACAUCAACUGCAGAGAUACGCAGGGACGCAACUCCACACCUCUCCACCUCGCAGCUGGUUACAACAACCUCGAGGUGGCAGAGUACCUGCUGGAGCACGGGGCUGAUGUCAACGCCCAGGACAAAGGCGGCCUCAUCCCUCUUCAUAACGCUGCUUCCUACGGGCACGUGGACAUCGCCGCCCUGCUGAUCAAGUACAAUACGUGUGUGAAUGCUACAGACAAAUGGGCUUUCACGCCCCUCCAUGAGGCGGCCCAGAAGGGGCGCACGCAGCUCUGUGCGCUGCUGCUGGCUCACGGAGCCGACCCCACCAUGAAGAACCAAGAGGGCCAGACUGCCUUAGACCUCGCCACGGCUGACGAUAUCCGCGCCCUGCUGAUGGACGCCAUGCCACCAGACGCCCUGCCCAGCUGCUUUAAGCCCCAGGCCACGGUGGUUAGCGCCUCGGUCAUUUCCCCCGCCUCCACGCCGUCCUGUCUGUCGGCCGCCAGCAGCAUAGACAACCUGGCUGGACCGCUCACCGAGCUGGCUGCAGCCUCCGCGUCCGGGUCCUCCGGAGUGGCAGACGGCGCCACGGGCACCGACCGGAAGGAAGGAGAAAUGGCAAUGCUGGACAUGAAUAUAAGUCAGUUCCUGAAGAGUCUGGGCCUCGAGCACCUGAGGGACAUCUUUGAGAGGGAGCAGAUCACCCUGGACGUGCUGGCUGACAUGGGUCACGAGGAGCUGAAGGAGAUCGGAAUUAACGCCUACGGACACCGACACAAGCUCAUCAAGGGUGUGGAGAGGCUGCUGGGCGGCCAGCAAGGUGCCAACCCCUACCUGACAUUCCACUGUGCCAGCCAGGGCACCAUCCUGAUAGACCUCGCCCCAGACGACAAAGAGUACCAGUCAGUGGAGGAGGAGAUGCAGAGCACCAUCAGAGAGCACAGAGACGGAGGCAACGCUGGGGGGGUGUUCAGCAGAUACAACAUCAUCAAGAUUCAGAAGGUGGUCAAUAAGAAGCUGAGAGAACGUUACACCCACCGGCAGAAGGAGAUCGCCGAUGAGAACCACAACCAUCACAAUGAGAGGAUGUUGUUUCACGGUUCCCCGUUCAUCAACGCCAUCAUCCACAAAGGCUUCGAUGAGCGCCACGCCUACAUAGGAGGGAUGUUUGGAGCAGGGAUCUACUUUGCGGAGAACUCCUCAAAGAGCAAUCAGUACGUCUACGGCAUCGGUGGAGGCACAGGCUGCCCGACGCACAAAGACCGGUCCUGCUACCUGUGCCACAGGCAGAUGCUGUUCUGCAGAGUCACCCUGGGGAAGUCCUUCCUACAGUUCAGUGCCAUGAAGAUGGCCCACGCUCCACCGGGACACCACUCAGUGAUCGGGCGGCCGAGCGUUAACGGCCUGGCCUACGCCGAGUACGUCAUCUACAGAGGAGAGCAGGCCUUCCCAGAGUACCUCAUCACCUACCAGAUCCUUAAACCGGAGAGUGCAGCCCAGUCUGCUGCAGCAGCUGAGCAGAAGUCGUAGUUACUUUACAUCACACACACUCUCUCCACACACACACACACACACACACACACACACACACACACACACACUCACAGAAAGACUCGAUGCUCGUUAUUUUGUCCUUUGUAUUGCAACACCUUUUUAUUUACCGAACACAUUUCCAGUCUCCAGUAGAACCCGUGGUGACCAGUGCUUCAUGAGCAGAUCUGCUGUAUAAUAUUCUCCUACUCGUGGUGAUGACACACUUUUUUUUUUUUUUGUGCAUCGGCUGCAUGUUAAUACAGACGCAUGUGAGAACCAAUAGCGUGCGUGGGUUCCCCCCCUCCUCUUCCCCUUCCUCCUCACCAAUCAGGAGGAUGCUUGUAGAGACUUUGAAGUAUCAGCAUUAACAGUUUGCCACUCGUUGUCGCCUCAUGCCUUGUGACUGUGCAGAACCACCGACCCCUCGCCUCCACACACACACACACACACACACACACACACACACACACACACACACACACACACACACACACACACACACACACACUGUCGAAGCCUGAAACCUGUGGACUACUACUGCCCCGCCGUAUCUGGGUUCAUCCUGUACAGAAUGGCCUCUGUGACUGUGAUUUUAAUGCUAACCUAUAACACUACCAAACAAGUAACAGUGCAUUGUUGCUAAGCUGUAAUGCCGACUCCCCCCCCCCCCCCCCCCCGACACUACAGACACUGAACUGAAAUGUGUUUUUGUUUUUUACUUUUUAAGUGGUUUUAUUCAGGGCUGGACGGAGAACGAGCUCUCUGUCGGAUCACAGACGUUGUUACAAUAAUGAUUUAUCGGUAAACUGAAACAUAAAGGCAUCAGAAUUACACGAGGAGGGUAAAGUAAAGGUGUGGAUGUUGUAUAUUAAAAGCAUUAUAUAUGAGACCGCUUCGAGACAGUAGAGUAAGUAAAUGUUCAGAGCACAGAUACAGAAAUGUAGAUUCUUGAUUUGACGUGCGUCUGCGUGUCGCGGAGGUCAGAUCAGCUAGUUAACAAUACUGAGAUACCGACUGAAACUCUCUUAAUGAACCGAUUUUCAUGGAAUUUAGUCUGUUAUGAACAUGAGGAAUUGAACCUGAGCCUGAAUCACCGCUUGGAAAAAGGCUGCAGGUGUGUGGACGCACAAACAGAUUAAAUAUUCACAACAAAUAAAACAGCCGCUGCUACUCAGAGCAGCACUUUGUCCAAAAUACAGAAUGAAAACAUUAAUGUUAGUGUGUUUGAGCUGCUGCAUAAAGUCUCAACACAUGGAACAAAUUACUGUCCAACAGGAAACUAACAAUAAAAACUGUUCUCCUAUUUCAAAUUAUAUGUUCUCCGGUAAAUAAAGUUGACAAAAACAAGCAAACAGGCGUCUUUAUAACAAUAUUACAGAUAUAAAAUCUACAUUUUUUAGAGAAAUAAUUCAUACUUCAUGUUCCAAUCAAAAGGUUGAUGUUUAACAUAGAGCUGAUUAACUGAAUCUCUCCGUAUUGUAAAGUAUGUGACCUCCGCAGUAAAGCGACUGCGCAGACGCAUCCGGCAGCGGUUGAUGAGAGAUUCGUGUUUCUGUAUCUGCGGUUCAGAGUGUUGAAAUGUGCUCGUGAUGCCUUUUUACAGGUGAACACCCGACAGCCAGUGAACUCAUCGCAGCGCCCUGUCUCUGUCGCGUCGGUCUCGCUCACAGACAUCCCACGCAUUAAGGAUUUGCACUUUUACAUAGAAAACCUAUUUAAGUUAUUUUGAAUUUAAAUUGCAAAAUUUGCGGGAAAAAAAUAUUUGUACAGGUUGUGUAAAUGGUUGUGUAUAACUGUUACUGUUUGACUGUAAAUGACAUAUGGAUUCUUCCUUUCAUGCCUUCUUGAUUCUCCCAACUUUUUUUUAAAUAAAUGUCCCAUUAACAGCU